CCAAAUCUGAAAUAACAUCAGGAUCAAUCAAAACCGAUAAUAGACAAUCAUCAUUAUCUUUAUCUGCUAAUUCAAUUGAAAAUCUUCCUCAAAGAAAUGAUAUUGUAAAGGGCAUUCCCAAUUUAAAUGGCAUAGAUGGAGGGACGAAACAUACGAUAACGCAUAACAAUCUAAAAACGAACGGAUUGUCGGAUGUUCACUCAACAAUCAUCCCGGUAGAAUCAAUAACCAACAAAAAUCUACAUACAACUAGCAACAGCUUUCCUCCACUUGGUGAUACAACCACAAGCAAUGACCCUACUGGAAAAACUCAAUCGAACAUUAAUCGUCCAAUUAAUGGACAGAUGGAUCAAAAGAAUGCUUCAACAAAUAGUGAAGCAUCACAAAUUUCACCAUCAGAUCAAUCGUGUGGUCAAAGUCCAACGUUCCCAUUGAAUAAUACGGAUAGCAGCUAUGAUAACAGCAAUAAUAACGCGUCUUCCGUUAACACUGCU